GGGGAAGCUCUGCGGUGUCGGGAGCUGCUCCGCUCGGGAAAGCGGCUGGAGCGGCCGGAGCCGCGUGGGCAGCCACGGCCGGGCCACCCAUGUGGAGGCUGCGUGCGGCCCCGCCCUGCCCCGCCCCCGGCGGGGUUCCCCAGCCCCGGGCAGCGCCCGGGAUGCGCGGCGGGAGCCCCCGGGUCCGGGAUCACCGUGCGCGGACACCGCGCUGUGCGCCACGGCCGCCGAGCCUGCCGCCGCUCAUUACGCGGGGCUAACGCUGCUGUCCCGCUCCCGGGCCGCUGAGAAAUUCGGGGACUUUGAGAAGGUGGAAGAGGUGGCCCUGGGUGACUGCACCGCUUGGGGAUAAAAGCAUCGAGGUCUGCCCAGGUCUCAGCUCUCCCCAGGCAGCUCCAGGACUCACCCUGAGCACAGCAGCACCAUGGUAUCACCAUGGUCCUGCUGGGUCCUCCUGCUGCUCCUGCCUGCCCUGGCCCGUGCUGGGGGACCCGGUCCUGUCCUCGUCAGCCGCCCCUUUGUCACCAUCUGGAACAUCCCCACUGAGCGCUGCGCCAAGGACUACAAUGUCACCCUCAGCCUGGAGGUCUUUGAUGUGCUGGCCAAUGACCAGCAAUCCUUCACCGGGCAGAAUAUCACCCUCUUCUACAGUGACAAGAUGGGUCUCUACCCCUACUACACAUCUGAGGGGCUGCCAGUGAAUGGGGGGCUCCCCCAGAACUCCAGCCUGGAGGCUCACAUCCACCAAGCCACCCAGGACAUCAAGGUGACCCUGCCCAGCCCUGACUACAGUGGGCUGGCUGUCAUCGACUGGGAGAAAUGGCGCCCACUGUGGGUCCGCAACUGGGACUCCAUGGAGAUCUACCGGCAGAAGUCGGAGGAGCUGGUGCAGCAGCAGCACCCGCAGUGGCCUCCCGAGGAGGUGGAGGAGGUGGCCAAGCAGCAGUUUAAGAAGAGCGCCUGCGAUUUCAUGAACAAGACCCUGUGGCUGGGCAAGAGCCUCCGUCCCAGUGCCUACUGGGGCUUCUAUGGUUUCCCCAACUGCUACAACAAUGACUUUGAUCGCCUGCCCUACAACGCGACGUGCCCAGAUGUGGAGCGGCAGAGGAACAGGAAUCUGUCCUGGCUCUGGAGGGGCAGCCGGGCGCUCUACCCCAGCAUCUACCUGCCCCUCCGCCUCAAAGGCACGGACUACGUGCUCCCCUUCGUGCGGCACCGCGUGGCCGAGGCCUUCGCUGUCCAGCGCGGGAUCCUCGGCAGUGGCAUCCCCGUCCUGCCCUACUCCCAGAUCGCCUUCGAGUACACUCUGGACUUCCUCUCCCAGGAGGAGCUGAUGAGCACCAUCGGGGAGAGCGCGGCUCAGGGUGCUGCUGGCAUCAUCCUCUGGGGCAGCCUGGACUACAGCGCCUCCAAGGAGACGUGCCUGAGGCUGAAGGACUACGUGGAGGGGCCCCUGGGCCACUACAUUGUGAACGUGACAGCCAGCGCUGAGCUGUGCAGCCGCAGCCUGUGCUCCGGCCGCGGCCGCUGCGUGCGCCGGGACCAGCAGCAGCGCUUCCUGCACCUCGACCCCUCCCGCUUCGCCAUCCAGCCCCGUGCUGGCAGACCCUGGCUGCUGCCUCAGAGCCUGGAGCCUGCGCAGGACAUCGCCAAGCUGGCCAAGGGGUUCGGCUGCCAGUGCUACGACAAGUGGCAGGGACCACACUGUGACACCCAGGGCUCUGCCAAGUGACCCACCCGCCCCAAUAUUCCCCCUCUGGGGACACUGGGGCAGGCAGGGUGACACUAGCUUAGCACCUCUACCUGACUGUGGGGCUCUUAAUAAAACCAGAAAGCACCA